CCCCGGGCAUUAAGGAGGUGGAGCCCUUGCCACGUUCAGAUGACAACCCUGCUGCUGCUGCUGCUGCCCCCCGUGGGGCUGGCACCUUGCUGGGCAGAGAGGCCAUCCUUCCCAGGAGGUCGCUCCCCGGAGAGGCGCGGCAGCGGCAGCAGAGCAAUGUGUGUGCCGGCCUGUGCUUGGCCCUCCCCGGCCUGAAACCCACGCAGCCAGGAGGAAGGCGAGGGCCGGCCGGCCGGCCCGUCCCUGGCACGGCCGAGGGCGGGAGGGGCGCUGAGGAAGCCGCCUGCUGCUGCUGCUGCUUGCUGCUGCUGCUCGGAGGGUGCCUGCCUGGCCCCACGCCGCCGCCGCCGCCGCCCGCCCAGGACUGGCGGCCUAGAGCCUCCCCUGGGGGGCAGGCGGGCGGGCGGGCAGCCCCUUACUCGGCGCCGCUGCUCCGCCCCGGGCCUGGAUUGGCGAGAGGCCUCGGCCGCGGCUCCUCCCCGCCGCGUUGGGGCCGAGCGAGGGAAGGGACUGAGCGGAGGAGGAGGCGGCGGCAGAGGCAGAGGCAGAAGCCGGAGCAACAGCAGCAGCCGGAGGCGGAGGAGGAGGCGGCCCAGCCAGCUCGCCCCCUCGCCAGAAAGCCCUUGUGCCUGCUGUGUUUGUGGAAUAAGACCUUCAAACUCAAAUGAACUACCGUGUUUACCUGAAUAGAAGACGACUCUGAAUUUAAGACAACCCCUCAAACACCGAGGUCAAAUACAGCUUAUACCUGUAUUUACCCCAAAGGAACAAGUCUCUGAAUCUAAGAUGACCCCCUGAUUGCUAACAUCAAAGACCUUGGGGAAAAAGUAGUCUUGGAUUCAGAAAUGCCCUUCAGAGGAUUGUGCAACACACUGAGGGAGCUGUAAUGUCUGAAACUGCGCAGAGGAGCUGCUCUCUGAAGCGGUUUUUAGGUGCCAAAGACAGAGACGGCCGCUGUGUGGGGCAAGACAAGCUGAUGCAGGAGCCGUGCCUGUGGUCUGAGAUGGACUGGCUGUGACUACCUACGAGAGGUGGAGGUGGUGGGGAGAGUUAUGAUGAAGAGUUCCUGUCGAGCUGGUCUCCACCGGGAACUACUGAAUUCCACAUCCACCACAUUCCACCCGGUCAAACGAAUAUCUGGCAUGCACUUGAAGCCAUAUCUCAAGUACCAGAAGAAAGAGUGGUCUCUUGAAAUAAGCCAGGACCCUCCACAGAGCCCACCCAUGAGCCAACAGAGGCUGGCCAAAGAGGAGAAACAUAACUGCACCCAGCCAAGCCUCUUCCCAAACCCCUCUCUCCGGAAGCCACUGGGGAGUCUUUCUCCCAACACGAUCUGCAGUAGGAACAGCAGCAAAGCUCAUGCAGAAGGGCCGAGUGUUAAGGAGAAGAAGCCUUCCUUGCCUGCCACCAUCCACCAGGGGGAUGAUGAAGAGGGGCCACUGGAUAUCUGGGCAGUCGUGAAGCCAGGCAAUACCAAGGAGAAGAUUGCCUUCUUUGCGACCCAGCAAUGCAGCGACCACAGGGUAUUCUCCAUGAAGAACAAGAGCACCUGGGACAUCGAUGGGCGGGCGACGAAACGCCGGAAAAAGUCACUGGACCUCAAGAAGGCGAAAGUCCACUUGGAAAGGAUGAGAGAGGCCAGCGGAAGGUGCUACCAACCUGAGCCAUUUGCCUGCGGAAUUGAGCACUGCUCUGUCCAUAAUGUGAACGACAGUGGGGACGGGGGCUUCCCGGGCCGACCCCUGUCGGUCAUUGAGAUGGUCGCUUUCCUGGAACAAAGAGCAGGUGUCUUGCUGGCAGACUGCACCAAGAACUGCCCCAGUGCCUCUGCUGUGACCAGGUGUCCAGGGCAGCCCAAAUCUGCUGUUCUCGCCUCAGGCCCAUUUCCCAACUUGGGGGCUUAUGAGAUUCACUCCGAAAAGGCAACUUCUAGGGUUGUCGUCAGCAGUAGCGGUGAUGGAGAGCAGCAGCCAACUGAGCCCGUGCGCGUGUUGGACAUGGUGGCAAAGCUGGAAUCCGAGUGCCUGAGGCGCCAGAGCGAACGCGAAGCCGGGGGCCUAUCCCGAAACAACAGUUUCCGGCGGAACGUGGGCCGCGUGCUGCUGGUGAGUGGAACACCAUCGGACAAUGAGACCGGCAAAGUGUCCUCUGGGGUCCUCAACCAGGAAGAAAAUGGCGGGGAGGAAGACGGGUGGCGAGCAAAGCAUGGUUCUUCAGUGGAAGACAACUUAUGGGCAGAUCUGUCUUCUGGCCAGUCAUCUUCACUUGCAGGUUCCCACAUGGGGAAGGCCGAUUCAAAGCUUGACCAGGGUGCCUCCGCCACACCUGGCAGCUGGUGCGAUUCUCGGAAGACCACAAAGCCUCCCCACGCCACAUAUCCCGAAGCUGCUCUAACACCUCCACAUUCCUUGCAUAGCAAAAUUGCUGUGACUGUUGAUUGUACCCCCAAAGAGCCAAUAGCUCUUCCUGAUCUGAAUUCAGCUCUACAGGCGAAAGAGCCCUUAAGUAUUAGCAUCUCUGUCACCAAGACAGAUCAAGGGGGCAAGAAAACCCAGCUCUCUGGCGCCAGCUUUGCCGAGGAUUCUCUUCCGGGGAGGUUGUUCUUGCUGUUGUCUGAAUCAGAAAGCCACCAAGAGCAUGUGCGGCCAGAGGCGGCUGCGGUGGAGGAGGGUCAGGUGGGUGCUCGAGGAAAGGCAGCUCCCUCUGCCGAUCAACCUUGCACAAGAAACGGCGUUUCCGAGGAGGCACGGGCAUCUCCCACAGAAAACGCCGUGCAGGCCCUGGGUUCCUCCCGCUUAAAGAGGCAGAGGUCUCAUGACUUUCUGGAGACCAGGUUUAAGAUCCAGCAGCUCCUGGAGCCCCAGCAGUAUCUGGUCUUCCUGCCCCAUCAUAUCAUCGUGAAGAUCUUUGGGUUGCUGCCCACCAGGAGCCUGGUGGCCCUCAAAUGCACUUGUGGCUAUUUCCGAUUUAUCAUUGAGUACUACAAUAUCAGGCCGGCAGACUCCCGCUGGGUCCGCGACCCACGCUACCGGGAGGACCCCUGCAAGCAGUGCAAGAAGAAGUACGUCAAAGGGGACGUCUCUCUGUGCCGGUGGCACCCCAAGCCCUAUUGCCAAGCUUUGCCGUACGGGCCCGGGUACUGGAUGUGCUGCCACCGCUCCCAGAAGAACAUCCCCGGCUGCAAGCUCGGCCUUCACGACAAUCACUGGGUCCCUGCCUGCCACAGCUUUAACCGUGCUCUUCACAAGAAGCCCAGGGAGCUGGAUGAGGACUGUUAGCUUGCCCCCGUGUGAUUUCCACGGGAGCCUCAGUCCUUAGUGGGAGGAGAAUUUCACGCCUUGUGCUGUUUACACUGUAUAUAGUUUGUGGGUGGCUUUUCUUUCCUCCUCCCACAGGGCUAGGAAACUCUACAUCCUUUAAAUCACAAGAGCCUUUACCGUUUAGAGGAGAGAUCGUGUUUAGCCCCUCCGUGUACAUAACACUCUAGAAUCUCCACGUCUGUAAGAGUGUCUUGACUGCUGGUGGAACAACGCUACGUGCUACAAUGCAGCUACAGUGUUGCGGCUACAGUCCCGUGUUUAAAAUGUCACGUUUUGGAAUCUGUAUAUCCUGUAUAAUAUAUACAUAUAUAUAUAUAUACACACAAAUAUAUAUAUAUAUAUAUUAAAAAUGUUUCUGAAAAGAAACUCUAAAUAGGUAAAGGUGACUCUUCAAAAAAGAUGGUUUAACUGGACAACCUUAAAACUAGACUAGAACAAAUAUUUGUUAUCUCUUCCAAUGGCAGCAAACAGGGAAGGUAUUGUUUAGUAAGGAGUAUUAAGGAAAGCUCUCAUCUACUUUGCUCACCUUAUCUGGUUUUUGUUUUUUUACUUAAAUAAAAUGUGCAUUCUAAACGGG